AUGGCUUACAAGGCCUGGAUCGAGAACACAAACCUGCGGGUUGCGCAGAGUCCAGUGGGGAGAUGGUUCAGACUGGAGAACUCGGGCCAUCCUAUGGAGCGCAAGGGCAGCUUCUUCUUCACAGAGCUACGCGCCGGCCUGGCCACGUUUUUCGCAAUGGCGUAUAUCAUCUCGGUCAACAGCAACAUCACCUCGGAGACUGGUGGCACAUGUGUCUGCCCGCCGGAGAGCCUGGCCGAUUAUUGCAAGACCAAUGCCGAGUAUCUGUUGUGCGUGCAGGAAGUCAAGCGCGACAUUGUUACUGCGACUGCUGCCAUCGCCGCCUUGUCUACCUUUUGCAUGGGACUUUUCGCCAAUUUGCCCAUCGCCCUCGCACCGGGCAUGGGAUUGAACGCAUACUUUGCAUACACUGUUGUCGGUGUACAUGGGUCGGGAUUGGUCCCGUAUGAGGUUGCCUUGACUGCUGUUUUCGUGGAGGGCUGGGUAUUCCUUGGCUUGACAUUGAUUGGCAUGCGACAAUGGCUGGCGCGCGCUCUCCCCGCUUCCAUCAAACUCGCCACUGGUGUUGGCAUCGGAUUGUACCUCGCUCUUAUCGGAUUGACGUAUAGCGCUGGUAUCGGGUUGGUACAAGGUGGAUCGGACACUCCUAUCGAGCUUGCUGGUUGUGCUCCUCAGUACAUCGAUUCUGAGACAGGUCUAUGUAUUAGUAGUGAGAAGAUGCGCAGUGCAACCAUGUGGGUUGGUAUCUUCUGUGGUGGUGUCCUCACGGCCCUAUUGAUGAUGUAUCGCGUCAAGGGUGCUGUGAUCAUCGGAAUUCUGCUGGUCUCGAUUAUUUCAUGGCCACGAACUACGCCUGUGACCUAUUUCCCUUACACGGAGCUGGGAGAUAGCAUGUUCGAUUUCUUCAAGCAGGUUGUCACCUUCCACCCCAUCAAGCACACUCUGGCCGUUCAGAAGUGGGACAUCUCGGGCCACGGCGGACAAUUUGGAUUGGCUUUUAUCACCUUCUUGUAUGUCGACAUCUUGGAUACCACAGGUACCAUGUACUCUAUGGCUCGGUUCGCUGGCGCAAUUGAUGAAAAAACCAAAGACUUUGAAGGGAGUGCCAUCGCCUAUAUGGUCGACGCGAUCUGCAUCUCGAUCGGAUCCCUCCUCGGCAGUCCCCCAGUGACAGCCUUCGUCGAAUCUGGAGCUGGCAUUUCGGAGGGCGGCAAGACUGGCUUGACAUCAUGCAUGACAGGCAUCGCCUUCUUCAUCGCUGUAUUCUUCGCACCGAUUUUUGCCUCCAUCCCCGCUUGGGCUACGGGUUGUACACUUGUCAUCGUCGGCGCGCUGAUGGCCAAGGCCGCAGCUGACAUCAACUGGCGCUAUCCUGGUGACGCGAUCCCAGCCUUCCUGACCAUUGCGAUUAUGCCUUUCACCUACAGCAUCGCGUACGGUCUCAUCGCCGGUAUCUGCAGCUACAUCUGCCUCAACUCGAUUGCGUGGAUUCUUGAGAAGAUCAGCGGCGGUCGCAUCGUCCCUCCUAACAAGGACGAGUCGGAUCCUUGGUCAUGGAAGCUGCCCGGAGGUUUCUUCCCGCCUUGGCUGAAACGGGCUGCGAGUGGGCAGAAGGACUUCUGGCGGCGAGAUGAGGAGAAGGCGGCAUCGGAGGAGGUAGGAUCUGUUUCGUCAUAUCAGCAGGAGCGGGUUGCGAUUGAAAAGAGUCCGGAGUUCUCUCAUUGA